UUUUUAAAAUAAAUCUUUAAAAAUAACUUUAAAAUUACAAAUUACAACAGACUACUCGCGAGUCUCGAGUGUUGCUUAAUUUGUUAAACUAAAAGCAAGUAUAUCAAGCACCACAGUUAAAUAUAGUAUGCCUGCUGCAACAGUUUUCAGCAAUUUGCAUAUGUAAACAGCAAACUUUUGUUUCGUGAGACGCAAAAAAGUGUCGCAAUAUCUUUUUCACAGGGACUCUUGAAAUUGCAUGCAUAUUACAAGCUUUGCAAUUUCGACUGUUUUUUUUUUUUUACUUGUAAAUGUAUUAUAUGUUUUAAAUAGAGUUCGUGUGCCAACACUGCAUGCUUAAGAAUAAAUUUUAUCUGUUCGGGUAACUCAAACGUAUGCGUGAAGCGAACGGGUGAGUUUGGCUUUCGGGGGUUGUCAUUUAUUUAGUCGAUAAGACGUAUUCUGCAUGGAGACCCCUCUAGGCCUGAUGUAAAUGGAUAAGAGGGAUGAUUGGCGCAGUUGCUGGUAAUUUACAUCUGGUUAAACCCCGUCUAUGGAAUCACAGUGGAUUCUAUAGGCCUCUUUGCAAUCCUGCGUUAUCUGCGUGGGCUUAAUGGAGCUAUUCAUAGGAAUGAGAGCCAAAGAAAAGCGCGCCAUGUCAUUUACCAAACUUUUGUCUUAAUACAUUUGUACUUCUCCCCUAUAACAAUAGCAGUGAAACGAAGUCUGUUCCUCCCAAAUAAUUUCGAUCUGGCGCAGUAAAGCUUGCACGCCGUCCCGCGUUCAACUUGGGCCCUCGAGCAAGAAGCCAGUGAAGUAAAAUAAAGCAACAACCCCUUCCUAUUGCAAGUAUUGUUUUUCUAACGAGUGCAUUUGUUUCCUUUUUCACUGUUAAAGGUUACUGGAAUAAGCAUAUGCGUUCUCGUGCGCGCUUAUACUCGCCUCCAGAGUGACCAGAUGUUUAAUGCUACACGGCAACGUAUGCUUAAAGUAAAUAUGCUGUUGGAUGUGGAGAUGCGGACAUUUAAUUCUGUCUUCGUUACGCCCGUGCGGUUUAGCUACCAAGACUCCUGUACAUUUGUUAAUGUAAUUUCCCUGGCAACGAUAGUUCGCGAGGGACCGUAAUUUUCAAAGUUGCCAGCUUUUACGAUAUUUGCGGAAUUUUUGUAUUUUAUGUAGGCCAAACAACAAAGUGCAUAACUGACAUAUUCUGGCCCUUUGAGCGAAAGAGGUUUAGUCGUUACAAACCAAAAAACUUCCAAGUACCGCUCGUUCUCCCUGCUAUAGACAGGCCUGACGUGUAAACGGCCAAUUAGUCUUUGAAGUUCUCUUGAUUAUUCGAGUGUGAAAAGAGUGAUUGUUGAGGACAGGUUACUGGUCAUAUUCCUACUUGAUCUCAGCCUAACGACAACUCGCUUUUCUUUUUCAAGAACUGACGCGUUUUGAUUGUUUUUCACCCGGGAUAAUUAUGUUCACCCAGGAUAAUUAUGUUUGAAGCUGCCUUCUAAGCGCUUUCUGGCUUUGAUGAUAAAAUGUUGCCAUUACAUUACAAUGCCAUUACAUUGUAGAUGUGUUGAAUUUAGACAGGGUCAAGAGAACUUAUGCCCUGUGAUUUUAAACUUUUUAAAGAACAGGUUGAAUUGCUUUGCGUUGCAACUGCAGAUGCAAAACUCGCCUGGUAUUAUUAAUGUUAACGUUUUCGUUCGUGGUAAACUCAGCGGCGCGGACGCCUUUGCCCCGUGAGCGCUGCUAGAAUGAUGUCAUACCUCAAGCAGGCCCCAUACGCCAUGAACGGCCUGGGGCUCGCGAGCGCGACCAUGGACCUGCUGCAUCCGUCGGUUGGCUAUCCGGCGAACCCUCGGAAACAAAGAAGGGAGCGGACGACUUUCACGCGCACUCAGCUGGACAUUUUGGAGUCCCUGUUUGCCAAGACGCGGUACCCGGACAUUUUCAUGCGCGAGGAAGUAGCUUUGAAAAUCAAUUUACCGGAGUCCAGAGUGCAGGUAUGGUUUAAGAACAGGAGAGCCAAAUGCCGGCAACAGCAGCAAAGUGGCAGCAAUACCAAAAUCCGCCCGGCAAAGAAAAAAGCCUCCCCAUCCCGCGAGAGCCCUGGCUCAGAGAGCAGCGGCCAGUUCACCCCUCCGGCCAUCUCCAGCACCAACUCUUCCUCGUCCUCCUCUUCUUCCUCCUCUUCUGCCUCCAACCCCUCAGGUCUGGGUGGGCUGGGCAUUAGCAGUGGCUCCGCCUCUGGGGCCACACCUGUGUCAUCCAUAUGGAGCCCCGCCCCUAUCUCACCCCUCCCGGCCCCGCCCACCCUUCCUGACCCUGCGCCACCCACGAGUGCCUCCUGCAUGCAGCGUAGUGUUUCCGGGGGCGGCGGGGCCCCCGGAGUGCCUUCGUACCCUGUGUCCUAUAACCAGACGCCCGGAUACGCCCAGGGCUACUCCGGCACUACGUCCGGGUCAUACUUUGGAAGCAUGGAUUGUAGCUCCUACCUGGCUCCCAUGCACAGCCAUCCCCACCACCCACAUUCGCACCAUCCGCAGCUUAGCUCCAUGACAGGCACCGGGGUGUCCGGGCACCACCCACACCACCCGCAUCACCUCGGGCAGAGCAAUGGGCAGCACCACCCUCACCCGCACCAGGGCUACGGCAGCACGGUGCUGCCAUUCAGCUCAACAGACUGUGUGGAUUACAAAGACUACAAAGAGCAAGCUGCCACCGCAUCGUCAUGGAAACUGAACUUCAGCUCGGCAGCGGCAGACUGUUUGGACUACAAAGACCAGGCCGCCUGGCGCUUUCAGGUCUUGUGAGGAGUUUUUUUUUUUGUUGUUGUUGUUGUUGUUUGUUUUGGGGUUUUUUUUGUAAGAAAUGACGCUUGUUUUAUUUUUGUUGAAAACCUUUUUUUGCCGCCCCCAAAAUAAAAAACUUCGAAUUUUUACUUUAAAGACAUUAAAAGGAGCAUGAUUUUGAACCCUCUUUGCAAAAUGGAUUUAAAAGGAAAAGAAAAAAAAGGGGGGAUGUCGUGGCGUUAGAGGAUUGGUCGAAUGCCAAAGGUGUUUUUGGAGUGCGUGUUGCUGUAACCACCUUUCCCGCCUUACUGCAGAAGAGCGUGCGAACUCUGAAGACUAGUUUCCUUCUGUAGCCCUCACCAAAGUUUCUCUAAAAUAAAACUUUUGUUUUUCCCAGCAAAGGCUGUAACGUGUACGCUCGCUUACCACACUUGAAUAGGCUACCAUUUGGCAUUUGAAAGACAAAGUACGAAUCUCCGAAACAUGCUGUCAAGAACCUGUUCGCCUUCUUUGAAACAUGACGCACCGACUUGAAGGAAGUGCGGCUCCCGUUCCAAGGGGAACGGGAGGUUUUGUGCGUCUAUGAAGGCAAAGAUAAAUAUUAUGUCUCCUAUAUUGUCCUACGAUAAAUAAAUGUGAACCCAACCUCUUUGUUCCUGUAAAAUGAGCAAAUACAUUUUUGCAUUAUGUAUAUUAAAAUAUGUUUUAAACGCA